AUGUCACUCGUCCUCAUCCUUCUGGUCACGCUCUUCGGGUCAGCUUUCGUCAAUGCUACUUGCUCGGCUGGUCUGAAAGUCUGCGGCACAGGCUGCGUCAAUCCUGCUGCUGGCGAAGAUUGCUGUGAGUCAAACGGAGUCUUCUCGGUCUGCCCUGCCCCAACCGGUUCCAUUGCGACCACCACAAGCACCUUCACUACUUCUACUCUUCUCACCACUGCUACGCUCGAGACUGUCACCUACACUGCCACCUCUACCGCCUCGGCUGGCUACUCCGGUCCGGCCUCUCUCCCAUCCACUGAUGUUGCUGGAGCAUCGACAGCUUCGGGCACAUGUGUCAUCUCGACAACCACAGUCAUCGUUACCAGCUCCUUCACUAUCGCUACGCCUCCUCCGGUCACCGUCUCAGUCUCCGUUCCAUUCACUACUACUGUUGUUGGCAGCAGCUCUAGUCUGUCCACAUCUCUCAACAUCACAGAAUCAUGGACUAUUCCUACGAGUGCAGUCACUAGCCCUGCCUCGUCCACUAUUACACCUGGCUACGGCAGCAACACCACCUCUUUCACUCCGCCAACCCCUGCCCCACCAGUCCCUGCCACAACCAGUCCGUCCAGUGUGUCCGGUGCGACUACCACUGCAACUAGUGGAAAGCUCACCACCACCACCAGUGUAACGCCGUCGACUUACACUCCCAGUAAUGGUGCGAGCGAGCCCACUGUCGGCGCCUUGCUGGCUGUCGUGGUCGCUGUGGCUGCCAUGAUGAUCUGA